CAUGGAUGAAUUUCAGCUUUCUUCAGUCUUCAAAUGACUCUUUCCCUCUCCUUCCAUGUCCAAAAAGAAUCUCCUCUCACUCAUCAAACCCCCUUCUUGCAAAAAGCCCAAAUCCCCUUCUCCUCUCCCACAAGCCAGAAUCCGCCGUCUCGCAGAGAAUAUCUCCGAAAUCCUCAAGACCCAUCAAUCAUGGGACGAAGUCCUCGAAACCCAAUUCGCCCAAGACCCCGAAAUAGCCGUAUCCGACGUCUUGGAUCGAAUUCGCGACGUCAAACUGGGCCUCAUGCUCUUCAUCUGGGCCUUUCGCCGGAACGACGGAUCCGCCAACGCUUCCACUUAUUCUGCCCUCCUCAAGAUCUUAGCCCGGUCAUCAGAGUUUCAAGAAAUUGAAUCCGUACUGAAAACGAUGAAGAGCGAAAAUAAAACCCCGAGCCGCGAAGCAUUCGAUGCUCUGAUCAUAGCCUUUUCCCGUGCUGGGUCAGCCGAGAAAGCCCAUGAGCUCUACUCUGUUGUGAAGGAAACACAUCGCUGUUUGCCGAGCAUCAUUGCCUCAAAUUCGUUGCUUUCUGCUUUGAUUGCCUAUGGACAGAUUCACAUUGCUUGCCAGGGUCAGGAAAGGACAUGGGACAAGUUUAGGAGAGCAACGUAGCCAUAUCUGCAUUGGUCUCAUACAGAGGACUACGUAAGUUUCCUUGGGAGUGUGAUAUUGUCACUAAGAUCUUAGUGUCAUUUGUUUUUCAAAUGGAAAAACUGUGUGAUCAAAAUACAGAUGCUCUUGAUACUAAGAAGGUAUUAGACAUCUUUAUCCCGUUUCCAGAGGCACAACUAAGAAUUACCAAAUCGCAAUGAUACUAAACCCACUUGGGAGAGUUUCAAGUGAGGCUUAGAACUUUGGUGGAUUAUAUACAGGUACAAAAGAAGGAAGAAAACAAUGGUAUACAGCUCUUGCAUAUUAAAAUCAAGUGCUGACAUUUGAUAUGACUGUUGCUGGCCACGUCAAGGAGCUCACAAUACAUCAGAUCCUGAAUACCCAUUAGAGAGACAAUCAAGGUCAGUGAGAUUCAGUAUAAGACUACAUGUAUAUCCUACAUACCUAUCAAGAAAAAGGAAUGUAUAUAAUUAUGAUGUAUGAGAGAGAAAUUACUGAGCAAAUUCGAUGUUGAUUUUGGUGUU